CUCAGCCGGGGAGGAAUGUGCGGGAGGCGGAGGGCAGGGCGGAGCGGAGGGGGCAGGGCGGCACGGAGGCCGGGGUUCCCGUGGCCCCGCCCCCGCCCCUCCACCUCAGCUCUGACAUGGCCCUCGGGAGGACCGGGCGCCGGGCGAGGAGGGGAGGAGCUGAUCUUUCCAGAAAGCCGCGCCCUCCGCUCCUCUCCCAGACCCCGGGCAGAGUCCAGGGCGGCUGGAGGCUCCUCGCACAGGCUCUCGCCUGCCGGCGCCCGCUGCACCCUGAGCGCCCGGCCGGCGGGCGGGCGGGCCGCCAUGAUCGCGGCCCUGGUCCUGCUGGGGACGGCCGUGCUGGGGGCGGCCUCCCCGAGCCCACCCCGCCUCCGCUUCUCCUUCCGAGAGCUGCAGGCCCAGCACGGGCUGCGGACCUUCCGGCUGCCCAGGACCUGCUGCUACGAGGCGCUGCUGGCGGACGAGGAGCGGGGACGCCUGUUCGUGGGCGCCGAGAACCACGUGGCCUCCCUGAGCCUGGACCACAUCGGCAAGCGGCCCCGGAAGCUGGCCUGGCCGGCGCCCGUGGAGUGGCGUGAGGAGUGCAACUGGGCCGGGAAGGACAUUGGGACGGAGUGCAUGAACUUCGUGAAGCUGCUGCACGCCUACAACCGCUCCCACAUGCUGGCCUGCGGCACCGGCGCCUUCCACCCCACCUGUGCCUUCCUGGAGGUGGGCCACCGGCCCGAGGAGCCCGUGCUCCGCCUGGACCUCCGGCGGCUGGAGGACGGCAAGGGCAAGAGCCCUUAUGACCCCCAGCACCGCGCGGCCUCCGUGCUGGUGGGGGGAGAGCUGUACUCCGGCGUGGCUGCAGACCUCAUGGGCCGGGACUUCACCAUCUUCCGCAGCCUGGGCCAGCGGCCGAGCCUCCGGACGGAGCCCCACGACUCCCGCUGGCUCAAUGAGCCCAAGUUCCUGAAGGUCUUCUGGAUCCCGGAGAGCGAGAACCCGGACGACGACAAGAUCUACUUCUUCUUCCGCGAGUCGGCCGUGGAGGCCUCGCCGGCCCUGGGCCGCCGCUCUGUGUCCCGCGUCGGCCAGAUCUGCCGGAACGACCUGGGCGGCCAGCGCAGCCUGGUCAACAAGUGGACCACGUUCCUGAAGGCGCGGCUGGCGUGCUCCGUGCCGGGCAGCGAGGGGGACGCGCACUUCGACCACCUCCAGGACGUGUUCCUGCUGCCCUCCAGGGACCGCUGGAACCCGCUGCUCUACGCCGUCUUCUCCGCGUCCAGCGGCGUGUUCCAGGGCUCGGCCGUGUGCGUGUACAGCAUGAGCGACGUGCGCCGCGCCUUCCUGGGGCCCUUCGCUCACAAGGAGGGGCCCACGCACCAGUGGGUGUCCUACCAGGGCCGCGUCCCGUACCCCCGGCCCGGCAUGUGCCCCAGCAAGACGUUCGGCACCUUCAGCUCCACCAAGGACUUCCCCGACGACGUCAUCCAGUUCGCCCGGAACCACCCGCUCAUGUACAGCUCCAUCCUGCCGGUGGGGGGGCGCCCGCUCUUCCUGCAAGUGGGUGCGGGGUACACCUUCACCCAGAUCGCCGCGGACCGCGUGGCAGCCGCGGACGGCCACUACGACGUGCUCUUCAUCGGCACAGACACGGGCUCCGUGCUGAAGGUGAUCGCCGUCCCCAAGGGCGGCCGGCCCAGCGCCGAGGGGCUGCUCCUGGAGGAGCUGCAGGUGUUCGAGGACUCCGCCGCUGUCACCAGCAUGCAAAUCUCCUCCAAGCGGCACCAGCUGUACGUGGCCUCCCGGAGCGCCGUGGCCCAGGUCCCGCUGUCCCGCUGCGCUGCCCACGGCCGCGCCUGUGCCGAGUGCUGCCUGGCGCGGGACCCCCACUGCGCCUGGGACGGGGCGGCGUGCACGCGCUUCCAGCCCAGCGCCAAGAGGCGCUUCCGGCGGCAAGACGUAAAGAACGGCGACCCCAGGACGCUGUGCUCCGGGGACGCGGCUCGGCCCGCGCUGCAGGAGCAGAAGGUGCUCGGCGUGGAGGGCGGCAGCGCCUUCCUGGAGUGUGAGCCCCGCUCGCUGCAGGCGCACGUGGAGUGGACCUUCCAGCGCGCAGGGCAGGCGGCCAGCGCCCCGGUGCCGGCGGAGGAGCGCGCGGAGCGCACGGCGCGGGGGCUGCUGCUGCGCGGGCUGCGGCGCGCGGACGCGGGCGCCUACCGGUGCGCGGCGCGGGAGCAGGGCUUCUCGCGGCCGCUGCGCCGCCUGGAGCUGCACGUGCUGAGCGCCGCGCAGGCCGAGCGGCUGGCGCGCCCCGAGGAGGCGCCGGCCGCGCCGGGCCCCAGGCUCUGGUACCGGGACUUCCUGCAGCUGCUGGAGCCGGGCGGCGGCGCCCUGCGCAUGUGCCGGCCGCCGCCCGCGCCGCCCGCGCCCCGGGGCCAGGGCCGCAGCCGGCGGACGCACGUCCCGCAGCCGCGCGCCGAGCGGGGGCCGCGCAGCGCCGCGCACCGGUGACCGGCUCCGCGGGGCCGGGAGGCGGCGGACCCGGAGGCAGACCGCGGGCGGGCACGGACCGAGGGCCCUGGCCGGGGCGGCCGGCGUAUUUAUUAACGGAUAACCGGGAGCGGCCCCGAGGCGGCCGGGCAGUGCGAUGGGCGGGGGAGCAGAGGCCGGGCUCCGAGGGGGGCCGGGCCGGGCCCAUGUACUAACGCAAUAAACACUUAUCGCUGAGCCGGGGUGGCCCCCGCACCGUCCGCCUCCGGUCUCCUGUGUGGCCUGGGCACCUUGGGCAGACGGGCCUGUGUCUUCCGAGGAUGCUCGGUGGGGGGACCGUGGCUGAGCGGGUCCCGUGGAGAGGGGCAGCCACAUAGACCCUCAGUGAUGUCAUUUCUGGGCUCAGCGCUGGCGAACAGAAAAGUGGGCGAUGGGGGUGACAUUGGAGCUGGGUGACGGAGCACCGGGGGCGUCUGGGCAGACCGGCCGCAGGGAAGGGGCAGUGCAAAGGCCCCAGGGGGCCCAGGCUCGCUGUUAGGAAAGUCACGGAGGCACCCAGCCCUCGGCUCAGUGGACUGAGGGUCCUGGGUUUGGUUCUGGUCA